AUGCAAUUCCAGUUUAUUCUUGCUGCCACACUGGGGGCUCUGCAACUUUCCCACGUUGUGGCAACUGCUAUUCCAGUGACCAGUGAACCACUCUCUCUUUCCGCAAGAGAUACGGAAGCGAGAGCGCCUGCGGUUGCUACUCCGGCCGUGCAGAUCGACGAGCCCGAGUUACUAGAUCUUGCGGAAGUGGAAUCGGAUCCCCCAUCCCAUCUUGUCAAGCGAGGCGUCUUAGGACAACUCCAACUUAUGGCCGACACGGGCAAUCGCUACAGAAUUAGGACCAAUGGCGUUACCAUCUUCCUCCAUAUCUUUUACGAUCUCGCGCGGGAGUACUGUGUCUUUUACUGGACUGCCGAUCAGGCUUCGAUUCCUGGCUCGAUCUCAUUCGGCCUUCAGGAUACAACAACCGGUCACACCGUCCGGGUUCAACCCUUUCAUCAAGGCGGGCGGUGGAAAUGGACGGGUGCCAAGCUCUAUGAUAUGAUUAAUGUUUUGGUGUAA